UCUUCCUCUCUCUCUCUACGCGUGUCUCGGGGAUUGGACUCGUGUAAUGCUGAGGUCAGAGAUUUCCCAAACAGGGUCUAACAGCCUUUCUGGUCAAUUGGGUCUCUUCAAUUUCUGGCGCCACAGAUCGUAGAGAAUCAAAUUCCUCAGAGAUCUGUAGCUCUCUGGUUUCGGAUUUACACACUUUAUAUAUUACUGUGCCGAGGCAGAAAAGUAGGGAGGGGCAUUGAAGAUGUUGAGGAUGAGGAACAACAACAACAACAAGACCAAUGGGCUUUCACCCAUGAACGGAAGCUCGGCCGGCGCGGGCGCGGGCGCCGAGUCAAGGACUCACGAGUGGGAGAUGAGACCGGGAGGAAUGCUGGUCCAGAAGCGAACCAUCGACUCGGAUCGCAACUCGGCUCUGGUGCCGACAAUUAGAGUUAGGGUUAAAUAUGGGUCAAUCUACCACGAAGUCAAUAUUAGUUCUCAAGCUACAUUUGGGGAACUGAAGAAGAUGCUGUCAGGGCCAACAGGGUUACACCACGAAGACCAGAAGCUAUUUUUUAAAGACAAGGAGAGAGAUUCAAAGGCGUUUCUUGACAUCACAGGAGUCAAAGAUAAAUCAAAGCUAGUUCUUGUGGAGGACCCCAUUAGUCAGGAGAAGAGGUUCCUAGAAAUGAGGAAGAACGCAAAGAUGGAGAAAGCUGCAAAAUCUAUCUCUCAAAUCAGCUUGGAAGUAGAUAGGCUCGCAGGACGGGUGUCUGCUUUUGAUUCCAUAAUUAGUAAAGGUGGCAAAGUCGCAGAAUCAGAUGUGCUUGGUCUUAUUGAACUUUUAAUGAACCAAUUGCUCAAGUUGGACGGCAUCAUUGCUGAUGGAGAUGUCAAAUUGCAGAGAAAAAUGCAGGUGAAAAGAGUUCAGAAGUAUGUUGAAACUCUGGACAUGCUGAAGAUCAAGAACUCUAUGCCUGGUAACAAUGGAGGCGAUGCGCCAAUGCAGCAGCCUCAACAAAAGAGACAUUCAAACGGCCAAAGCCGACUAGCCCCAAUUCAAGAACAGCCUUUAGAGAUGCAAUCAAAUGGGCGUAUCGAUCUAUUAACCCCAACUGAAGAGCCACAAUAUCUUCAACCAAGGAACUCAAAUGGGCAUUCUCCAUUGAUUCAGCAACAAGAAGCAUCAUCGGUGGAUUCUUCUUCAACCUCUGGAGUUGUAGUGACCACCAAGUGGGAGACAUUCGAGCCCGCUCCACCAUUGAUCCCGGCAACAUCAUCCGCCUCCUCUGCGAACAAUAAUUCGGUUCAUCCCAGGUUUAACUGGGAAUUCUUCGACUAAAUAUAUCAGUCAAGCAUACCACGUGUUUUGUAAUUGUGUGGAUGUGAUUUGGGUUUGCGUUCCUUCCACUCGGAGUGUUAUAUGGUUCUUCUACAUUCUUUUCUGUAUUUAGAAUUGUUUAGCAACCCUACUAAUCUGCCCAUUAGUUCGUCGGAAAUAAAUGGUGUUGCUAAGAAUUUUUCUUUUUUCCUUUUUUAAUCUGUAAUUUUUGGUACUAUGGUCAGGUGUCCUUGGAUUUUGUCCAAGACUAUAUUAUUCCUUCCUGAGCAAUCAUAAACGAUUGCUAUGGUAUUCAUAAUCAUAAAUCUGUUCCUUUUCUGUGA